ACAAAUACAGUAACUAUAGUCACCAUCACCUGUGAGGUUUGUGGUUGAUGACAACAAUGGUGAGUAAACUUGUGAUGUGUUGUAGUUACUGUUAUAAAGUCUUCACACACAGUUGUUGCUCAGAGUGUCACAGGAAACUGCAGCCUUUGGCUCCCAAGCUUUUAAUUGUUCUGGAUCUGUCUUUCGAUCUGAAGGAGUUGUACGAGUCUAUAACUGAAAACCACAGUAAAUGGCAGCCAAUGACUCUUCAGUCCGCGUGAUUGAUGAAAGGGUCAUUAUAGUUCAGGUUCUCAUAUCACUUUUCCUUUGCAUCAACCUUUUGCUGAUCACAGUCUUUUUCAUGAAGGAUUUCUUCUACACAACCAUGCGCUACAUCUUCUUUGCACUGACUCUUAUGUCUGAUUGUGUGUUUUUACUUGUAACUAACGCUCUUCUCAUUUUAUCGUACUUUCGUUUUAACAUGCAUAUGUCAUUGUGCCUUAUUGUGUAUGUGGCUGUGUCUUUAUACAUUUUUGUCACUCCGGUGACUCUGACAGCGAUGACGCUGGAGCGCUUUGUGGCCAUUUGCAUGCCACUGCGACACGGAGAUCUGUGCUCCACACGCAGCGCUCUGCACUGCAUCGUCAUCAUUCACGGCGUCAGCUCUUUGCCCUGCGUGGUUGUUCUCUCCAUCUUCUUUGCUACUGCGAGCCACAGCUACUACACAAAGGCUAUUGUUUGCUCUGUGGAGAAGUUCAUCCUCCACACCUGGCAGAGUCAUCUUAGGUCUGCAAUAAGUCAGUUUUACUUCCUGGUCAUGGUUAUCAUUAUCAUGUUCUCAUACUUUAAAAUAAUGAAGGUGGCCAGAGCUGCAUCAGGACAGAACAGAAAGUCAACAUGGAAAGGCCUCAGAACUGUGGUUCUUCAUGGCUUUCAGCUGUUCCUUUGUCUUUUCCAGCUGUGGUGUCCUUUCAUUGAAGCUGCUGUUCUUCAGAUUAACUUGAUGCUCUACGUUAAUGUCAGGUACUUUAACUACAUUAUGUUCAUUCUUUCUCCGAGGUGUUUGAGUCCUCUCAUUUACGGCCUCAGGGAUGAAAAGUUUUUUGUUGCUCUGAGAAGCUUUGUUCUUUGUGGUUUUUAUAAGAAACACUAAUCACAUUUAUUGGAUGAAAGUGGCUUUGCUUUAAUUGUAUUGAUCAAUUGUGAUUGAUAUUUAUUUAUUGUGCUUCAUUUUCAAUAAACAAAAUUAAAAAAUAUAUAGAAAAACAAAAGAAUAUCCACAUUCUCUGUGGUCGCCCUAAAGACUGAAGCUAAAACUUGUUUUUAUUUCAUAGAAACAUAAUAAAAAUGAGGGCUGCAACUAA